AAAGUGACGUUUCGUCAGCGAAGAACUCUGACGUGAUGUUUUCAUUCCUUUGCUCUCGUUCUUGAAAAGUGAAAAAAUCGGUUCCAUUGGAAAAUAAUGAAGUAAUUUGUAGGAUUUUGGUUGUUUAUUUGCUCUCGCUUAGUAUUUUGCGUGGUAGAAGAAAUUGAGGAGUCUUCGGAAUCGUGGAAGAUUAGUGUUCAAAUCGUAGCGAGCGGUAGCAAAUCAGGAACGUGUGUAAGAGCAAAGGAUAAAAAUAAACCAACGAUGAACCGGGAAGCGGCCGAGGACUGCGUGGAAAAAGCAGUAUCCUACCUGUCCGAAGGUAAAAUUGAGAAGGCAGAAAAGCUGCUAGCUAAAUCGCUGACUCUCCAUCCGACAAAGCGAGCAGAAGAGCUGCUGGAGAAGAUCAAAUGCGGAGCGUAUACGAAGCGCGCUUCCUCUGGAAAUCUUUCGGACGAUGGCUUGCGACAACGGCCAACGGCUUCCGGAUCUAGCACAGCCAAGGCAGACUCGGGAUCCGAAGCGGAUUACACACCAGAACAGUUGGAUGCGGUCAAGAGGAUUAAGAAGUGUAAGGAUUACUAUGAAGUGCUAGCAGUUACCAAAGAGGCCACCGAUACGGACAUCAAGAAGGCCUACAAGAAACUGGCGCUGCAAUUGCAUCCGGAUAAGAACAAGGCGCCAGGAUCGGCCGAAGCUUUCAAAGCGAUUGGCAAUGCAGUAGCCAUUCUAACCGAUGCCGAGAAACGAAAGUCGUACGAUCUGUACGGUUCCGAGGAGCAGCGUCCGGCAUCGACCAGAAGAACGCGUGCCCAGUAUGAGUAUGCCUAUUCGCGUGGUUUCGAGACGGAGUUCACGGCCGAGGAGUUGUUCAAUAUGUUCUUCGGGGGCAAUAUACCCAAUUCGCACGUUUACAUGCGACAGCGACGGUUUCAUCGGGCCGAACAUCAGCAGCAGUACAGAGAGUCUCAGUCGGGUUAUGCAGCAUUCAUCAAUCUGCUGCCGAUAAUUCUACUGAUUGCUCUAUCAAUGAUGUCUUCGAUGUUCAUAUCAGAUCCGAUCUACAGUCUGACUCCCAGCCAGAAAUUUUCCGUCGCUCGCAAAACCAACCAGCUGAAGAUCCCAUACUACGUAAAGGAAAACUUCCACUCGGAGUAUCAAGGAUCCGUGGGUCGGCUGGAGGCUUCCGUAGAAGAAGAGUACCUCAACAACUUGAAACACUCGUGCUAUCGAGAACGAAAUUACAAGGAAACUAUGCUUAUGAAGGCACGUAACUUUGGCGAUCGAGAUCUGUACUACAAAGCCCAGCACAUCAAUACGCCCUCGUGCGAUAAGCUGCACAGCUUGCACAACAACUAGUCCCGAGGCGGUCGUUGUCGUCGAUCGUUGUUAAAUAGCGUUGAAGUUGAGUCGAGAAAACAAAAAACAGUCAGCCCUCACACGUCUCUUAGCUGAAUUGCACGUUUUUAGGAUUAAUAACUGCCCAUCUACCUACAUAAAAACGCGCGAUAAAAUGGAACAGAAGUGAUUUGUUCUUCACUGUGUACAAGCGUUUGACGGUAUUGAUCGUGUUUCAUAGUGAUUCAAGUUUUUUAUUCAUAUAACAAUUGUGUAAAUCCCCA